AUGGAAAAAAACAAUUUAUCAUUAUAUCUGUUAAAUUUCGUGACGAAUGCUCUGAUAAAUUUCGAUCAUGGAAUAAUUCCUGCAUGCACAACUGAUAUGAAAUUAGAUUUGGGCAUAGACGACGUUUAGUUAGGUAUGAUGGGAUCAUCAGUAUAUGGAGGACUUGUAAUAGGUUCAUUUAUUGGGACUGGGAUAUUUGACAAAUUUAAGACUAAGCACAUAGUAACCAUAAGUGUAUUAUGUUGCAUCCUAAGUUUAUCUUUAUUUAUUCUAACCAAAAAUUUAUUUCUUCUAUUUUUAUCUAGAUUUUUAACAGGAUUCUUUUAAGUAUGCAAUAUUAAUUUAUUUGGUGUUUUUAGUUGUUUUUUUCCCUGUUUGGAUAGACUUAUUCGGUGA